AUGGAGGGUAUCAGCUUCGUAACUGGCCUUCCUGGUCUAGUGACCGCUUGCGCCCAGAUCUACGAGCUCACCGUCACGGCAAGGCGUAUGGGAGACGAAGGAGUCCUCCUUGUCUACAAGACCGUUAUUGAGCAAGCGAAGUUCCAAGCAUGGCUGGAAGACGCCGGAUGGUUAAGUGACUCAGGUCCAAACAGGUCGCUUAGACCAGUCAUGCAAAAGGUUGUCUUCGACACGUUGCAAGCCAUCAAGCUCACGUUGAAAAGUCUUGGUGGUCUCAUCGACAAGUACGAGCUGGACGAGGGAGGCGAAGUGACCAGUCUGCACUUUGCGUUACCUGAUAAAUUCUGGAAGUUUGCACCGUCCGCGUCAGGAAAAUCCGCCGACGAUCGAUCCCGAACCAUCAGCAGAAGAAAUCGCAUCAAACGGCUGCUUUGGGCAGCUGGGGAUGCACAGCUUGCUAAAUCUCCGGGCAGCAAGUGGAGAUAUGCAACGAGCUACUUUCUCAACAUUGCCAUCCAGGGUCCUUCUCAAGUCCUCGACGACGACAACCUCAAGCGGCUUAUAGAAGCGUCUGCCGAGGGCGAGCCUGACUUGAAUAGAUGCGCAGCCAUCAAGAAGGAGGUACUCGACACCAUCAAGGGUGGCCAAAAUCCUCCAGAUCCAAAGUCGCCGAUGCGAAGAGGCAUGGCCACGGUCAUGAACAAGGAACCGGGCGCUCUGGCAAGCAGGAGGCUCGCGACCUACUCUCCGCGAGGCGGCAGUCAACAGACGGUGGUUCUCGAGGACAAAUCUUACGCCUCCAACAACGACGGAGAGUUUACUGAGAAACGAGUGCAAGAGAUCUCACAGAUCCUCGCAGUUACCCCCAAGCCGGAAAAGCUCCGUAUCCUGGACUGCCUGGGAUAUGUGCCAAUGCGUCAAAGGGGGUGCUUCACUUUCAUCUACAACUUUCCGACCUGGGCAGAUCCAACCCAGAAGCCAAUCUCACUCGCUGAAAUCCUUCCUUCUGGCACCAACAGUCUCAAGAAACCUCCACUGGGUACUCGGUUUGAUUUGGCCCGUUCGCUGGCGAGCUCCUUGCUUCUCCUUCAGGCUUGCGGGAUCCUGCACAAAGGCUUGAAACCCGAGAACAUCGUGUUCUUCAGACUCUCACCCAAACCUGAGUAUGACUUGUCUCGGCCGUACAUUGUUGGCUUCGACUAUGCUCGGCUGCACAUGACACGGUUUGUCUCUGACGACAUGGAGCUCCGGGAGUGCGACCUGAGUUAUGCUCAUCCUGCCUACAACUUCACCAGGAGCCAGCGCUAUGUGGAGAUCUUCGACAUCUACAGCCUCGGCAUCUUGCUGCUGCAGGUGGGACUAUGGAUGGACCUCUUCUCGAUUUUGAAAGAAUGGACCGAGGCUGACGAGAAGGAGCCUACCAGUCGCGUCGACCUCCAGCAGGCCAUUAUUCACCAGAUACGGAAGCUGGAACCUGAGGUCGGCGAAAUUUUCACGAGAGUUGUAGCUAGGUGCGUGACGAGCGAUCUUGGGAACGAGGGGCUAGCGACGGAGAUCAAUCAUAGUGCCAUUGAAACCUUCCUGCGAGAGCUUCAGAUAGAUACCAGCAAAGCCCAUGAUGAGGUUCAGAGGAAUCUGGAGAGAAACAUUGUGCUUACCCUGGAGAAAUGUAUUGCUUAG